GGCGGCGCCCGCUGGCGGCGGGGAGGCUCCGCCUUCGUGCCGGCCUUCAAGAGGGCGACGAGGAAGCGGCCACCUCCCUGUGCCCCGCCCCUCCUGCUUGCUCUGUGGCUUCUGCGGCUCCUCCCGGCUGCUCCCGGCUCCUCUCUGCCCUCUCCCGGCUUCCUGCGGCUCCGGCUCGGGCUCGGCGGCGGCGGGCAGUUCCAGUGGUGCAGAAUGGCGGACCUUAGUCUUGUAGAUGCAUUGACAGAGCCACCUCCAGAGAUUGAGGGAGAGAUAAAGCGAGACUUCAUUGCCACGCUGGAGGCAGAGCCCUAUGAUGACAUUGUAGGGGAAACUGUGGAGAAAACUGAAUAUAUUCCUCUCCUGGAUGGUGAUGAGAAAACGGGGAACUCAGAGUCCAAAAAGAAAUCAUGCACAGACACUAGCCAGGUUGAAGGUAUUCCAUCUUCUAAGCCAACACUUCUAGCCAAUGGUGAUCAUGGAAGGGAAGGGAAUAACACAACAGGGUUGCCAGUUGACUUCCUUGAAGAAAAAAUGGCCUACCAGGAUUAUCAGAGCAGCCAGAACUGGCCAGAAGAUGCAAGCUUUUGUUUCCAGCCUCAGCAAGUGUUAGAUACUAACCAGGCUGAUCCCUUUAAGAUGCACCAUGAUGAUGGCCUGGCAGACCUGCUCUUUGACUCCAGUGAACCCACAAAUGCUUCAGCGUUCAUAGGGCAGAAUCCUCUUCUGGAAGACAGUUAUGGUAUGCUUCCCUGUGACUCAGUUGCUCCUGUGGCUGUUGUUUCUCAGGAGUGGUCUCUGGAAACCCGAAACUCUGCACACUCAGAGUCCUUCGUUUCCCCAGAGGUUAUUGUAGAAACUCUACAGCCAGCAUCAGAGCUUUCCAAGGAAGUAGAAGUGGAAUCAGAAAAAGAGCAGCUGCCAACUAAAGCAUUGGAAAUGGCGACAGAACAGAAGACCACUGAUGCGGUGCCAUCUAGAGAAACUGAGCUGACUCCAUCCUCAGACAUGACACCAGGCACAGAAACAGAGGUAUCAUUGGCUAAAGACACAGAAGAGACCACCAGACCAGAUGCCAUAUUGGCAAAUGUCAUUCAGCCAUCCAUUGAAUCAGAUAUGUUCCUGGCUGAGGACAUGGAACUACCCGUGGGAGCAGUCUCUGUUAAGGACAUCAUACUGCCUGCAGAAGCAGAUGUGUCUUCAACCCAGGAUCUUACACCACCCACAGAAACAGAAAUGGUCCCAGGCAAGGCUGUGACAUUGCCCGAAGAAACAGAAACAACACCUCCAAUAAAAAUGGACCUGGCACCACCUGAGAACAUGGUACUUCCCAAAGAAACAGAGCUAGCCCCAGCCAAGGGCAUGAUUUCACUCUCAGAAAUAGAAGUGCCACUGGCAAAGGAUGUUGAGUCCUCUACAGAAAUACGUGUGGCUGAGGAGAUAGUCUUGUCCUCAGAAACAGAGGAUGUGGCACUCCCCUUAGAAACAGAAGGAUCCCUGGGCAAGGACGUGACUCCAUCACCAGAAACAGAAAUGACCCUGGGCAAGGAUAUGACUCCACCCACAGAAACAAAAUUGAGCAUGGUCAAAGACAUGGCUCCAUUCCCAGAAUCACAAGUGGCUCUGGGCAAGGACGUGGUUACACUUCCAGAAACCAAGGUGACUGAGUUCAGCAAGGUGGUCCCACUUUCAGAAAAAGAGGUAGCCUCAAUCAAGGACGUUCAUCCUGCAGAAGCAGAGGCUCCCCUCGCUAAGAAUGCCAUUCUGCACUCUGGAACAGAGGUGACUCUAGCCAAGGAUGCCAUUCUACCCUUGGAAUCAGAAGUAGCACCAGUUCAAACUAAAGACAAGGAAACCUCACAGACCCAAGAAGCACUGAGCGAAGACUCCCAGUUGGAGUCUGUGCAGCACAAAGGACAGUCAGCAGUACCUCCUUGCAUGAUUUCACCAGAACCAGUCAAAGUUGCAGACCAAGAGUCUAACUUGCCAGUCGAUGAAGGUUCUCCACUAGAGAAGUUAGAGCAGAGGGAAACAUCAGGCAUUCAGCCUUCUGAACUUUGUUCAGCCACCUCUGGAAUUGCCAGACAAGAAGGGAAGGCUGCUGUGGACGUGGCUGGAAAUGACAUCACUACCCCACCAAAUAAGGAGCUACCACCAAGCCCAGAAAAGAAAGCGAAGCCUUUGGCCACCACUCAACCUGCAAAGACUUCAACAUCGAAAGCCAAAACACAGCCCACUUCUCUCCCUAAGCAGCCAGCUCCCACCACCUCUGGUGGGUUGAAUAAAAAACCCAUGAGCCUUGCUUCAGGCUCAGUGCCAGCUGCCCCACACAAACGCCCUGCUGCUGCCACUGCUACUGCCAGGCCUUCCACCCUACCUGCAAGAGACGUGAAACCAAAGCCAAUUACAGAGGCUAAGAUUUCUGAAAAGCGAACCUCGCCAUCCAAGCCUGCAUCUGCCCCAGCCCUCAGAGCUGGACCUAAAACCACUCCAACCCUCUCAAAAGCCACAUCUCCCUCAACUCUUGUUUCCACUGGGCCGAGCAGUAGAAGUCCUGCCACACCCCUGCCGAAGAGGCCCAGCGCCACUAAAACUGAGGGGAAACCUGCUGAUGUUAAAAGGAUGACUGCUAAGUCUGCACCAGCUGACCUGAGUCGAUCAAAGACCACCUCUACCAGUUCUGUUAAGAGAACCACCACUCCCACUGGGGCAGCACCCCCUGCAGGGAUGCCUUCCACUCGAGUCAAGCCCACAGCUGCACCUUCCAGGCCUUCUGUGGCUCUUUCUGUGGACAAGAAGCCCACUUCGGCUAAAUCUAGCAGCUCUGCUCCCAGGACGAGCCGCCUGGCCACUACUGCUUCUGCCCCUGACCUGAAGAGUGUUCGCUCCAAGGUUGGCUCUACAGAAAACAUGAAGCAUCAGCCUGGAGGAGGCCGGGCCAAAGUAGAGAAAAAAACAGAGGCAGCUGCCACAGCUGGAAAGCCUGAACCUAAUGCAGUCACUAAAGCAGCCGGCUCCAUUGCGAGUACACAGAAACUGCCUGCGGGGAAAGUCCAGAUAGUCUCCAAAAAAGUGAGCUACAGCCAUAUUCAAUCCAAGUGUGGUUCCAAGGACAAUAUUAAGCAUGUCCCUGGAGGUGGCAAUGUUCAGAUUCAGAACAAGAAAGUGGACAUAUCCAAGGUCUCCUCCAAGUGUGGGUCCAAAGCUAAUAUAAAGCACAAGCCUGGUGGAGGAGAUGUCAAGAUUGAAAGUCAGAAGCUGAACUUCAAGGAGAAGGCCCAGGCCAAAGUGGGGUCCCUCGAUAACGUGGGCCACCUGCCUGCAGGAGGUGCCGUGAAGACUGAGGGCGGUGGCAGUGAGGCCCCUCCGUGUCCAGGCCCCCCCGCUGGGGAGGAGCCAGCCAUCCCCGAGGCUGCGCCUGACGCUGGCGCCCCUACUUCAGCCAGUGGCCUCAGUGGCCACACCACCCUGUCAGGGGGUGGUGACCAAAGGGAGCCCCAGACCUUGGACAGCCAGAUCCAGGAGACAAGCAUCUAAUGAUGACAUUCUGGUCUCGUCUUCCAUCUCCCCUGUGUUCCUUCUCUUGUCUCUCCCCCCCCCCACCCCCCUUGUUGCCCUCUCCCAUCCCUCCU